ACUCCUUCCUCCUUCCUGCUUCCUCCUUCCUCCUUCCUCCUUCCUCCUCCGAGUUCAUUCACGCUGGCGUCCAAAAUGGAGCGCAAGAAGACGAUGACGAUGAACUGGGCUGGACUGCAGGAUGACGACGACGACGACCGGUUUUUUGAGUCCAUUGAGAGAAUGUCGUGCGCCAUGCCGGAGGAUUUGGCUUCCUCUUCUGAUGAUGACGAUUUCGAAGACAGUAGAAUGUCCUUCGCCUCCGUCGUCUCCACCAAACACCACGAGGAUUUCAGAGCCUUUGCGGUGGCUACACCGAUGAAGCCAGAAUAUGACAUUUGGAUGGCGGCACCGGGAUCGAUUACGGAACGUCGCAAGCGAUUGCUCGAAGGAAUGGGCCUGAAUAGUGGCAAACAAUUUCAGAGGAUUCAGAGCAAAGAAAUCCAGAGGGAGGUUUCGAGGAAAUUACUUGAGGAUGUCCAAGUUUGUCAGCCAGAAAUUGUCGAAUCUCCUGAUGUGGACCAGAAGCAAGAGGCAUCGCAAACGCCAUUACCGAUCGUGCUCGUACGAUCGCGAUCUGAUGGAGAUAUUGACACAUUCUCGUUUACCAAGAGACGGAAAGACGAACUAAUUGGAAAUGUCUCGAAGCAGCGCCUCACGAGAACUUACUCGAUGAUAAUGGCGUCGAGUGCUCGGAUGUGUAAUUAUCCUGAGUCGAUCAGAGUUGCGGCGAACGAAUGUGGACAAACGAUUAGGCACGGUGCGACGCUGUCGACGGUGAUCUCAAACAACAGAUUCGGCUCAUUUUUUCUGAUCAAGAAUCUGGAUACAGGAAAUGAAUUCAUCGUGAAUGGAUACGACCAAGACGGAAUGUGGAAUCGUCUCAGCGAUAUUCAGACGGGGAAGCAGCUUACGAUGGAGGAAUUCGAGAAAUGCGUUGGAUAUUCAUCGGUGGUGAAGGAAAUGAUGCGAAGAGGGAACGGAUUCUUCGGCGAUAAGAAGCUCAACAUGAAUUCGUUAUCGAAGAGCUUGAGAAUGAGUAAGAGAAGAGGAGCGGCUCUAUUGAAGAACAUCAAGGGCUCAAUGACAGGUUUAAUGGGGGAAAAGGAACUUUCUCAAGCGCUAGAUUCAAAACCUAGCAAGAACGCAUCAUCGACUAAUUCUCCGCCUUCAUCCUCCUCUACGGCGGCGCCGUCGUCGUCAGAGUGGGUAAAAGUGAGACAGAGCGGCAGAUCGUACAAGGAGCUUUCGGCGCUGCAUUUUUGUCAGGAAAUUCAAGCGCAUGAGGGCUCAAUUUGGACGUUGAAAUUCAGUUGCGAUGCCAAAUUGUUAGCGAGUGGAGGUGAGGAUCGAAUAAUCCAUGUAUGGGAAGUGCAAGAAUGCGAAGUAAUGUCGAUGAAACCAAACGAAGAAGGAAGCCUUACGCCGCUCCACCCAGCUUUCUGUCCCUCACCUGAUAGGACUGUAACAGGAGAUGCUUCUCCAUUGCCAUCCGAUAAGAGGAAGAAAGGAAAGGGGCUUUCUGGAAGCAGGAAAGGCAAUGUGAUUCCUGAUUAUGUUCAUGUUCCUGAAUCUGUUUUCUCACUUUCCGAUAAACCAAUCUGCUCUUUGAGUGGUCAUCUUGACGAUAUUCUUGAUCUCUCUUGGUCUUCUAAUUCUCAGCUCCUGCUUUCAUCUUCAAUGGACAAAACUGUAAGGCUGUGGGACAUGGAAACCAAAAGCUGUUUAAAAAUGUUCGCCCACAACGAUUAUGUGACCUGCAUACAGUUCAACCCGAUGGAUGAUAACCAGUUCAUCAGUGGAUCACUUGAUGCAAAGGUGAGGAUAUGGAACAUCCCUGAUCGAUAUGUCGUGGAUUGGACUGAUCUUCACGAAAUGGUCACUGCCGCUUGCUAUACACCCGAUGCCCAGGGUGCCAUAAUAGGUUCACAUAAGGGGAUUUGCCGAACGUACACCAUAGAGGAUUCCAAGUUAGAACAAAAGCACCAGGUUGAUGUGCAAAGCAAAAAGAAGGCCCAAGGAAAAAAGAUCACUGGGUUCCAAUUUGUUCCAGGGAGCCCCACUGAAGUGCUGGUUACCUCUGCUGAUUCUCGAAUCCGAAUCUUGGAAGGCACCGAAAUUACUCAAAGAUUCAGAGGCUUCCGAAACACGAACAGCCAACUUACAGCAUCGUUCAGUCAAGAUGGGAAAUAUGUGAUAUGUGCAAGUGAAGAUUCUCAAGUUUUUGUAUGGAGAAGAGAGGAGCCACGAAAUUCAAAUUCUGGAAAGAAAAGUUUGAUAGCAACUAGAGGUUAUGAACACUUCCCUUGUAAAGAUGUUUCUGUAGCAAUUGCAUGGCCUGGCAUGAUGAACAGCGAGCCUCGGUUGUCGCAAAUGAACUCGAAAAGAAAUUCUAAACGCUGCCCAUCGCAGUCAGCUUCAGCCUGCAGCUCACCAACUCGAGAAGAAGGCAGCUCGGUUGGAAAUAGUAAGAAACAGCUGCCACCUCUACCAAAGAAAAACAACAAUGCUGCAGAGAAUAAUAGUGCCUCAACAACUCCUCCAGAUGAGGAGCCACAGCAGCCAGCUCAGGUGACUCGAUCAGAUUCCAAAACUGGCGAAUCGCUCACUCCAUCACCUUCCAUCAGGUCAGGCGAUUCGCCUUCUAUUUCUUCUUCUGCUAUCAACAGCUCAUCGUCUUCCUCCUGGCCUUCCUCUUGGUCUUGGUUUGAUGUCGGUAAUAGCCAUGGACAUCAUGCCAUCCCAGCCACCGCAUGGGGAUUGGUCAUUGUGACUGCUGGGCUGGGAGGUGAAAUAAGAGCCUAUCAGAAUUUUGGACUGCCACGUAGGAUUGGACGACAGACCAAUUUCUGGCCAACAGCCUAGAAGAGUAAAUUGAUUGGUGACCAAACAAAUUCCCAUGGUGAUCUCCAUAGGAUUGGGAAUUUGGUUCUAGCUUUACCAUAUACAACUCUUCCAGUGAACUCAGUAUACUAGGAUGGAGUUCUCUGAUACAUAUAUAGGGCUAAAAUACAAGCUGCCGGGAGGUUUGUUUCAAAGGCUAAAGCUGCUGUAUUUGUAGAUUGUUAAAUACAGCAAAUAUGAACUUCAGAAAGUAUAGUAAAUGUACCCUACCUGCCAACAAUUUUUGGCAUUCAACAUUA